AGUACAAAAUUACCCUAACACUAAAUCCCCAAAUCAACCUACACUAACCCUAAUUUCAAACACCCACAGUCUCCUAUGUUUCCAUCAGUGCCGCCACUCAUUUUCUUUCUCCCCUCUUCAUUGAGUUCACAUACAUCACCGAGAGAGAGAAAGAGAUCUGAGAAGAAGAGAGAGAGCACUGACGGGAGAGGAAGACUGCGUAGCUCGCCACCGCCUCGCCAUGGCUGCCGUUCCUGCACUGUCGCGUCGCGAGCAGAGAGAAAGAGAGGAGAUCCGAGAGGAAAGGAAGAGAAGCUGUGCCGCCUCCUCGCGCCAGUCACCGUCGCUGUCGGUGAUGAAGCUCGCCGUCACAGCUACUACUGUUCGCGCCGUCGUCGUCGCCGAAGGGAGCCAGCGUCGCUGUCGUCCAUGGGUGAGGCAGAUGAGAGAGUCCGUGGGGAGAGAAAGAGGUUGUUCGCGUUCGGCCGCCGCUGCUAGAAGAAUGGCUGCCCCUGCCGAUCUGCCCGCCGCCAUUUAUGCUUACUGCGGCAUCGCCGGAGCUCCACGCCGCCGCCACUGCCACCAGAAACCGCCACUGAGGCCUAAGUCUGUUUGUCACCGUUACUGGUUGAGUGGCUACGCCGUGGUGUUUAUAGCUGCCGUCACAGUCACCGCCCGAAUGCCCUGGAAUUUCUGUUGUCUUGCCCCAAUUUUUUCACUUUUACACGCUAACCUACCUUGGUUUCAUUUAUCUGUUUGUUCUGGUUUUAAUUCCAUUUUAGUUUCGGUGUCGUCUUGA